AUGACGGACCAGGUCGAUCUCAAGACGAUUCCCAUCUCGCCCGAUGGCGACAACAACGAGGUUUCCGCUGCCGACAUGGACGAGAAGCUCGUCACCGUUUUUCACGACAAGGACAACUUCAAUGUCAAGCACCCUCUUCAGAACAAGUGGACGUUGUGGUUCACCAAGCCCUCGAGCGGCAAGGGCGAUAACUGGAACGACCUGCUGAAGGAAGUCAUCACCUUUAACUCUGUUGAGGAAUUCUGGGGCGUCUACAACAACAUUGCUCCCGUUUCAGACCUUGCUCUCAAAUCCGACUACCACCUCUUCAAGGAGGGUGUCCGACCUGAAUGGGAAGACCCGCAGAAUAAGCACGGCGGGAAGUGGUCCUAUUCUUUCAAGGAGAAGCGCAAUGUCGAUAUCAACGACAUUUGGUUGCACACAAUGAUGUCUGCCAUUGGCGAGAUGCUUGAGGAUGAGGAUGAUGGCGAGGUCAUGGGUGUUGUCGUCAACGUCCGCAAGGCCUUCUUCCGUGUCGGUGUCUGGACCCGCACCAUUGGCAAGCCCAUCCCCAACCGUGGCGAUGGCGACGUUGCUGGUGGCAAGGGUCGCUCUGUCCAGAAGGGUCAGGGUAUCCUGCUUGAGAUUGGCAAGCGUUUCAAGGAGAUCCUCAAGCUGCCUGCUGAGGAGGUCGUUGAGUUCUCGGGCCACACGGACGCUGCGCAUAGUGGUAGCACGCGUGCCAAGUCCAAGUUCACUGCUUAA